GUACGAUUCGGUUUAGUUUACAUAUACUUUCAAAAACAACCAUUUUUUUCUAUCAACAAUGAAAGGUGUAUGGUUGAGCAGUUUUUGUCUGUGCUUACUGCUGAUACUCGCUAAUGGUCAGAUUCUUGACGAGCACGCCGAGGACACACCAACAGGAGAUAAGGUUGAGCUAAGUGAAGCAUUCAUCUUGAAUCCUCCGACACCAAUGCCAAAUUCUGAUGCUUCCAAGUCUCCGGUAAGUGAAAACUGGAUAACGUCUCCUGAACCCAGAAUCCUGGCAGUACCGCAGCCAGUUGUUCCCGUUUCUGGUCCCGUAGAACCCAAAAUAUGCUCACCGGUACAGGUGUUGUACCAGAAGAUCCAAGAACAACUGGCAAUAAUUAUUCAGGAAAUCGAAAAACUACAGGAAGAAGGCCGACAGAAAAUAGCGGAGAGCGAGAGGAAACAGCAGGCCAACACCGUUGGGCUGUUCCAGCUGUGGACUUUAGCUCAGCAAUUGCAAAACUCCCGUUUGUCGCCCGGGCAAAGCAUGCAGCCACCGAUGGGAGCCAAUAUGGGGAAUGUUCCAUGAAAGAUGGUUGCAAUAAUGGAAAAUAAUGUGCGACGCAUGGAGUGAAAAAUCUACCACCCGAGCGGAAUGAAGAGAUAUCCUUGGCAAUAAAAUUAAAAGAUGAACUAUUGGAUGGGCGUGUAGUCUCAGCGGUACUGUUUACCAUUGUUUUCUUGGUUAGUGAUGAAUCUGUUUUAUUAUAAAACAUUCCCGCUUAGAGUGCAAAAGGAAAUAUUUAAGCAGUCGUGCAAAUUAUUACCUCCAACAUGUGCAAAUAAAAAGAGAGCCUUGGAUGAUAACGAAAA